AUGGCAGAGUUCAAGUACAUGCCCUACCACAACGUGCUGGAGGUGACGGAGGAGGACUACGCCGCCUGCAACCCGGGGAGCCCCAUCUCCACCCACUCCGGCGGCGACACCACCUUCAACCUCACCGCCACGGGCACCCGCUACUUCAUCUGCGGCAUCCCGCGCCACUGCCUCAACGGCACCAUGCACGUCAAGAUCACCACCGUCCCCUACGACGCCGCCGCCGCCGCGAACGCCGCGGCGGCAGGCCCCGCGCAGGCUCCGCUCGGCUCGACCCCGGCCGACGCCUUCGCGCCGGGGCCGGCGGGGUACAAGUACAAGGUGGCCAUGGACGCCGACGGCAAGGCGCCGGUGGCCGCGCCGGCGAGCGACGCGCCGCGGUAUCGGCAGCCCGCGGCGGCAGUGGCCGGCCUGGCGUUGGCUGCUCUGGUCGCCCUGGUCGCCUAA